CAUACCUUUAUUUUCUAUUUUUCUUGAAACCAGCGUUCAAUACAUUUGUAUAAAGAAAAAGAAAAACUCGAAUGGAGAGGCCCGGAAACAAGAUCUUGCAGUGCAAGCUGGUCCUUUUGGGGGACAUGGGAACUGGGAAAACCAGUGUAGUGCUAAGAUUUGUCAGAGGUCAAUUUUUCGACAACCAGUUUUUGAUGCAGGAACCAACUAUAGGAGCAGCUUUCUUUACUCAGAUAAUAUCAUUACCUGAAGCCACAGUGAAAUUUGACAUAUGGGACACAGCAGGGCAAGAAAGGUACCACAGUUUAGCUCCAAUGUACUACCGGGGUGCUGCAGCCGCCAUCGUUGUUUAUGAUAUCACAAGCAUGGAUACAUUUAUAAGAGCCAAAAAAUGGGUUGAAGAACUCAGAGGGAAAGCCAGUACAAAUAUGGUGAUGGCAUUGGUGGCAAACAAAUCCGACUUAGAAUCAAGUAGAGAGGUCAAGACUGGGGACGGGGAGCAAUUUUCUGAUGAAAACGGGAUGUUCUUCAUGGAAACAUCUGCAAAAACUGCUCAAAAUAUUAAUGAGCUCUUCUAUGAAAUAGCAAUACGAUUGGCCAAAACAAUUCUUUCACAGCCCGUUGGGAUGACAUUGCAGAAUAAAGCUCACAGGAAAAUAUUGUUUUGUUGCUCGAGUUGACAAGUUACAUUACAUAUU